UUCUUCAAGGGGCGGAGUUGGAUUGCGUUUGGUCUGGCAGUCGCAGCCAAAGCGGGUCGAGGAGAUCCGAGAGGGGCCGAGGCUGUAGGGCUCGCGGCUCUGAGCUGAGGCUGCACGGUGAGCCCCACCCGGCGGCCAGGCGGAGCCAAAGAUGCCGACCUCGGCGGUGGGGCCACGCCCGGACUCCGGGCCAUCUCCGGUCUCGCCCCUACCGCUGCUGUUGCUGGCUGUGUUGAGCGGCCCAGUGGCCGGCCGCGUUCCCCGCUCGGUGCCUCGGACCUCGCUUUCUAGCUCCGAGGCUGACUCCUACCUCGCCCGGUUCACCAUCCCACAGACGUACAAUUACUCUGUUCUCCUUGUGGAUCCUGCAACCCAUACACUUUAUGUUGGAGCCCGGGACACCAUCUUUGCUUUGUCUCUGCCCUUCUCAGGGGCAAGACCACAUAGGAUUAACUGGAGAGUACCUGAGGCCCACAGACAGAACUGUACGAAGAAAGGCAAGAAGGAGGACGAAUGCCACAAUUUUAUCCAGAUUAUCGUCAUUGCCAAUGCCUCUCAUCUCCUCACUUGUGGCACCUUCGCUUUUGAUCCGAAGUGCGGGGUUAUUGAUGUGUCCAGUUUCCAGCAGGUUGAAAGACUUGAGAGUGGCCGGGGAAAAUGUCCUUUUGAGCCAGCUCAGCGGUCAGCAGCUGUAAUGGCUGGAGGCAUCCUCUAUGCUGCCACUGUAAAAAACUACCUGGGAACAGAGUCCAUUAUCUCCCGGGCUGUGGGUCGUGCGGAGGACUGGAUUCGGACGGAGACCUUGCCAUCCUGGCUUAACGCCCCAGCCUUUGUUGCAGCCAUGGCCUUGAGCCCAUCCGAGUGGGGGGAUGAAGAUGGAGAUGAUGAGAUCUACUUCUUUUUUACGGAGACUUCCCGAGCAUUUGACUUACCGGAGCUCAUUAAGGUCCCACGGGUGGCGCGAGUGUGUGCGGGGGACCUUGGGGGCCGGAAGACCCUCCAGCAGAGGUGGACAACAUUUCUGAAGGCAGACCUUCGAUGCCCAAGGAUAGUGCAUGGCCGGACCUCCAGUGUCCUGCAGGAUAUGGUCAUUCUGCGACCUGAGUCUGGAGCAGGGACCCCCAUCUUUUACGGCAUCUUUUCCUCCCAGUGGGAAGGGGCCACCAUCUCUGCUGUCUGUACCUUCCGUCCCCAAGACAUUCGAACCGUCCUGAAUGGUCCAUUCAGGGAGCUGAAACAUGACUGUAACCGGAGGCUGACAGUCAUGGACAAUGAAGUGCCCCAUCCCAGACCUGGAGAGUGCAUCACCAACAACAUGAAACUCCAGCAUUUCAGCUCCUCACUGUCCCUGCCUGACCGAGUGCUCACCUUCAUUCGGGACCACCCACUCAUGGAUGAGCCAGUGUUUCCCCCUGAAGAACACCCCUUGCUGGUUACUACAGAGACAGCCUAUCUCAGAGUCGUGGCCCACAGGGUGACCAGUCUCUCAGGAAAACAGUAUGAUGUGCUCUACUUGGGGACAGAGGAUGGACAUCUCCACCGGGCAGUGAAGAUUGGAGCCCAGCUCAGUGUCCUUGAGGAUCUGGCCUUAUUUCCAGAACCACAACCAGUUGAAACUAUGAAACUGUAUCAAGGCUGGCUUCUGGUUGGCUCACAUACUGAAGUGACACAAGUGAACACCACCAACUGUGGUCGCCUGCAGAGCUGCUCAGAGUGCAUCUUGGCCCAAGACCCUGUGUGUGCCUGGAGCUUACAACUGCAUGCCUGUGUGGCCCAUUCUGGGGAGAACGGAGGGCUGGUCCAAGACAUAGAGUCAGCUGAUGUCUCAUCUUUGUGUCCCAAAGAGUCCAGAGAGCAACCAGUAGUGUUUGAAGUUCCUGUGACUACAGCUGCUCACGUGGUCUUGCCAUGUUCCCCGAGCUCAGCAUGGGCAUCCUGUGUGUGGCACCAGCCAGGUGGAGUGACUGCACUCACCCCCAGGCGGGAUGGGCUGGAGGUGAUGGUAACCCCAGGAGCAAUGGGCACCUAUGUCUGUGAAUGUUGGGAGGGGGGGGCAGCCCGAGUGGUAGCUGCUUACAGCUUGGUAUGGGGCCAACAGGCUCCUGCAAGUCAUGCCCACACCAUGGGGGCUGCACUGGCUGGCUUCUUCCUGGGGGUUUUUGCAGCAUCCUUGACUCUACUCCUGAUUGGUCAGCAUCAGCAGAGACGGAGGCAAAGGGAACUUCUGGCUAGAGACAAGGUGGGCUUGGACCUGGGAGCCCCACCAUCUGGGACAACAAGCUAUAGCCAGGACCCUCCCACUCCCUCGCCUGAAGAUGAACGGCUGCCCCUGGCCCUGGCCAAGAGAGGCAAUGGCUUUGGUGGCUUCCCUCCACCCUUCCUACUUGAUCCUUGUGUAAGUCCAGCACACAUUCGGCUGACUGGGGCUCCUUUAGCCACGUGUGAUGAAACAUCCAUCUAGGAUUGGGCAAAUGACCACUAAGUGCAUGAAUGGCCAUCGGAAUAGAAUGACCAUUGAGAUACUGGGUUGCUGGGCCAGGAAGGCUGUUGUGACCUCUGAAUUCUCAUUGGCCUUUGAGAGAUAACUUGGACUUAAUUGUUAGUUCUUGGUGGGUCUGGAUGGGCUCUGAGCCAGGCUUUUGUCUGACUCCUGGUUCCUAUAAUUAAUCAGAACCAUGCUGUGUGGUGAAUCAGGAUUUUUUCCCCAGCCCUGCCCUCUGAACUCCUGUGUCUUCUUCAGAACUGACUGUCUAUAUUUGGUCCACUAGUUUGAGGUGGGACACAGGACAUAGCUAUGACUUGACUUUACCUUCUAGUGGCCCUGGCCAGAAGGAAGGGCUUUGUAUAUGUGACUGGGGGUGGGGUGGGCAUGGGAGCUAAGAUGCACUGAAUCUUUUUGCUUAUUGUCUCAAGUUUAUCUCAUUUUCUGUGGGAGAGUGCAUGAUCCCCACGUGGCUACAUGGAACGUCUGCCCGAGACUCCCAACCCCAUCCAGUUCUCUUUCUUCCACAAAACAGCAUCUGUAAAUACAUAAGUGUUCAUAGGAGAUGUGGCCACAUGUGCAUGAAUGACCUGGUCCCUGCUAAGGUGUAUGGAUGGGGUGAGGGGAGGAUGGAAUGGAGCCUGCAGAAUUUUAGAGUCCGUAGCCAGUUAAGGAGUGGCUUUUCUUUCUCAAAGUCACUUCCUCUGUCCCCAUUGCCUCCCACAACCCUUUUCUUGAAUAGAGAGAAAACUCCCAAAGUGACCUUCUGGGUGGGAUGGACAGUAAUACAUGUGACCCCAUCUUUCUCUUUGUUUUUUGCCUCCUGGCUGCCACCACUGCCACCCACGCGUAGCUGCUCUUUCUCUGGCUGGAGUGUGGGCUGAACCUCCUUCCCUUGAUGCCCAUUGAAAAUAAACUCUACGCCACUCUAAAUACUAGGGGAUGACAACAGGGGAGCAGUUGUAGGAAAUGCAAGCAGCAUAAAGAUUGGUUUGUAUCAGUGACUUUACUCAGGGUGACAACCUUGUCCUAAAGCAGGUGUUCUCCAGCCGGGGUCCAUGGACUCCCUAAAAUCAUAUGCAAACAUUGUCUGUCCAUAUGUGUCUGUAUUUUUAUCAGAGGGGGAGGGGGAGGUUUUAUGGUUUUCACCAGAAUUCUCAAGGCCUUAACAAAGAUAAAGGACCACUUCCCCAAGGUUACCAUAUAAUGGCCAAGCAGACAUGGUGUCUCUCAGCGGUGGCUCUUCCUGGCCUGGCCACAUUUGGCGCUGCUAGAAACUCUGUCAUUUCUCCAGUCCCUGGAAGCUGCGUUCUGUGCAUAUUUGAAGACACUGUCAACUCUCACCAAACUUAAGAGCUCUCCUGCUUCGCAACUCUCAGAUGCUCUAGGCUCCUGCUCAGUUUGUCUUGGCCUGUGAAUGUGCCUCGUUCAGUCCUGUUGAGUUCACCCCUUGAGUUCCAGUGAAUAACCCUGCCUUCCCGGUUGAAGUUUUCAGCUCUACUUUCCUUGGCAGCAGCCUGUGAACUCCUCAAAAGAGUCCCCUUCGGUUUGGAAUCGUCAGUGGCUUUGCCACUAAGAAGCCUGUGACCUUUAGCAAGAAGUCUAACCUAUGGACGUUGGUUUACUCCUCUGUAAUGUGGGGAUAAUAAUACCUACCUCAGGGUUGCUGCAAGGAACAAGUGAGAGAAUAUGUAAACAAUAAAGUACUUCUAUACCAUUA